AUGGCUCUACAACAGCCAAGCUUCUUUCUGACAACUGCACUAGACCAUGCAGCAGCAGGCCUCGGAGCAGGCGUCGUCGCCGUCCUAUGCAUGCACCCUCUUGAUCUCCUCAAAGUCAAGCUACAGGUAGCUACAACAAACCCACAGGGUGGUAUUGGAAAAGCAAUAUGGCAUUCUCUGCGCGACAUUCAUGCAAGUCAAGGGUGGAAAGGCCUGUAUCGAGGCGUAGGACCAAACAUCGCGGGGAAUGCGUCAAGUUGGGGGCUCUACUUUCUUUUCUAUAACAUGCUGAAGAAGCGUGCAGCCGGAGAUGACCCAAAUUAUAGGAUGCCCCCUGGAGCAUACUUGCUUUGUUCCGCUCAAGCGAGCGCGGUCACAGCAAUAAUGACCAACCCUAUAUGGGUCGUAAAAGUGCGUAUGUUCACAACGCGUGCCGAUUCACCAACGUCAUAUCGUGGCCUCUGGGACGGCCUUGUUUCAAUAUGGAGGCAGGAGGGCAUCUCUGGCUGGUGGAAAGGGACUAGUUUGGCUUUGGUCGGCGUUAGCAACGGUGCAGUGCAGUUCAUGGCAUACGAGGAGAUGAAACGAUGGGGUUUUGAACAAAAGCGAAAACGGUUUGCAAAGGCCGGAAAGGUGACGGAACCGGAGGAUGACAAGCUGUCAAAUAUGUCGUACACGUUAAUGUCUGGUGCGAGCAAACUCUGGGCUCUUGUACUUACUUAUCCAUACCAAGUUAUUCGCUCUCGAAUACAGAACAAUGCCACCGCUCACUUAUACCCCGACAUACCCACCACUAUCAAAUGCACUUGGCAAGGCGAGGGGGUUCGUGGGUUUUAUCGUGGGAUGGGGACGAACCUCGUGCGCGUUCUUCCUGGAACCUGCGUCACUUUUGUUGUAUACGAGAACCUUGCAUGGUUAUUGCGGACAUCUGCGGCGCGAAGGGAAGCAAGAAGACGAAACGUGACUACCGAGCUGGUUUGA